CGGCGACCAGCACAGCGUCUAAUUUUGGACGUCAAAAUAACGGGGCACCGCGACGCGUCUGCAACACUCACGGAGUACACACCUUUUGCUUCCCCCCACAAGAAAAAAAAAAAUAAAAAUAAAAAAAAGUCUCAGUCGUACUCAGUUUUCGCGAUCGCGAGCGUUGGGAAACGGUAUAGUAGAAAAUGUGCGGAAUUAAUUUUGUUUUAAACUUUUGUUGAGGAUAUUAUUUUUAGUGUUUUUUGGGAAUAUUGAAAGAAGGCGAAAAUAUGAUUAAAGUGGACGAAAGUGAACCUGUUGGAGAGGUUGAAUUGAGCUUUCCAUACAGAGAUGUCCAAAUUAAAAGAAACUUAGACCCAAAAGAUGAAUAUUCUUUAGAGGAAGAAGUAGGAAGAGGUAAAUUUGGUAUAGUCUACAAGUGCAAAGAAAAAACGUCUGGACUAUAUCUGGCGGCCAAAUUUAUAUCGUGUCCGAAAAAGGAGGACAGACGUAACGUGGAAAGGGAGAUAGACAUAAUGCGCCUACUGCAACAUCCAAGACUGAUCCAACUUUAUGACGCUUUCGAUAAUGGGAAGGUCAUGUGCGUCAUACUAGAAUUGAUCGAAGGUGGCGAGCUUUUCGAACGAGUCAUAGACGACGAUUUUAUAUUGACCGAAAAAGCUUGUACGAUUUUCAUGAGGCAGAUAUGCGAAGGAGUAGAUUUUAUACACAAGCAAAGGAUAUUACAUCUGGAUAUGAAGCCGGAAAACAUCCUUUGUCUCACUAAAACGGGCAACCGAAUCAAAAUCAUAGACUUCGGUCUGGCUAGGAAAUUCGAUCCGAACAAAAAGUUGCAAGUACUUUUCGGUACUCCGGAAUUCGUCGCUCCUGAAGUUGUCAAUUUCGAUGCUAUCGGAUACGGAACUGAUAUGUGGUCCAUUGGAGUGAUUUGCUAUGUCUUAUUGUCAGGUUUAUCACCCUUUAUGGGCCAUACAGACGUAGAAACAAUGGCGAACGUCACCAUUUCCAAGUACGAUUUCGACGACGAAGCCUUCCAAAACAUUUCCGAAAAUGCCAAAGAUUUCAUCAGGAAAUUGCUCAUAAAAGAUUUAAGCCUCCGAAUGUCGGCUGAGGAUUGCUUGCAGCACGAAUGGCUGAAAAAGAAAACCAGACAGCGCACUAAUUCGAUGGACGUCGCCAAAGACAAUCUCAGACAGUUCGUGGAACGCUGGAACGAACACCCGAAUUCGCCGUACGUUUUCGAGGUGCUGGAACAAGGUAUUGAACCAGAUCUCGAUACUGGAAGCGGUAGUUUUAGUGAAUCGUCGCAUUCGUUAGUGGGUGAUUCACCUUCACCUUGUGGCAGUUUAGAAUCUAAUCCAGAUAACAUUUUCAUUGAUACUAGUAAUAAUGAUUUGUUUAUGAAACCACUAUCAUCAAUAUUAAUACCGUCAUCGUUCGAGCACACCAGAAGAUCAUCAGAUUCUACUUGUUUUGUCAAAAAUCAAGAUAUCACCGAGAGAAUAAAUUUAGCCGAAGAAAUCCGGAAGCUUUCCGAUAAACUCUUCAAACUAUCAAAUAUCGACACUAGUUUAACCAACCAUAGCUUUCGUGACCAUAAUACUGCACCUAUAAACAUCCAUCUACCAAAAGACCACCCUAAAAGUCCAGAAUGUUCUAUUCCUUGGCGUAGAACGAAAUUAAAAAUCAACCCCAAAACGAGCAGAGACGUACCGUUGAGCUGUCGAAACAUCUACAAAAAAACUGACGAAGAUGUUUUUAACAAAGAGAAACACAGCGAGGCGAAUGGCACUAAAGAUCUUUUAUUGAGGCUGCUGCAAACGUGGGAUGGUCCAGCUAAAGGGGCCAGUAGACCUGGUACUAGACACGGAUCUGUUUCGGAGUGGACCGACGAUGAUACUUUGGGUCAGAGGACCAUAAGUUCGUUGAAUAGUUUUUUUCAAAGUCGGUCGGUUAAUAAGAAAAUAACGCCAUUUCAUUUUAAUAAGUCCUAAUCUUGGAAGGAUUGUUGUAUAUCCAGAGUGCAAUUCGUUGGUAAGAGGUUGAACCAAUGUAUAUGGUAAAGACUGUUCUGAUACAUCUUUUUGGAAUGAAACAGACAUUUAAGUGUUCAAAGACAUUUUCAUUGUAUUUUAAUGUAAAAAAUCUGUUCAGUAUUUAUUCUGUUUAAUUAGUUAUUGUGUCCAUCUUAAUCGCUGCCAUUAAUAUGCAUUUCUAUGUGGUUUAUGUUGGGUUCACAUUCAAUAAAAAUUAUUUAUUCGAUCAUAUUUUGUGC